UCCCCCCAACCUUAGCACCCGAACCCCCUUCAUAUUGUAGCUGCACCACCUUGGAUCGGGCGGAACCGUUGGUUCAUCACUUCAUGGGGCACGCUUUCUUGCACGGAAAAUGUCCCUUUCUUGGUCAGUGAGCGCCCUGCUGAAACAGCUAACGUCUGGACCGGAGCUGUUGGUGCGUGUCUUCCUCUUCUGCCAAGCUCGCUUGUCUUCUUGGGGGACGCCGCUGAACUGAAAUGGGUCUGUCGGUGGCGGCGGAGCCCCGACGCCCGAACCAGUGGAGCCGGACAGUGGGAGAUUGGUUCUGGAUCACCAUCGUUUCGUUUCUCGCCACUUUACCUGUAGAGCAACUUUGCGCUUUCCCGUCUUCCCUGAGCGACUGUCAGACGCCUACCGGCUGGAACUGCUCCGGUUUUGAUGACCGGGACACAGACCUCUUCUUGUGCGACACCAACACCUGCAAGUUUGACGGAGAGUGUUUGAGAAUUGGAGAGACAGUGACGUGCAUCUGCAACUUCAAGUGCAACAAUGACUACGUCCCCAUGUGUGGCUCCAACAAUGAGAACUACCAGAACGAAUGUUAUCUACGCAGGGAUGCCUGCAAGCAGCAGUCUGAAGUGCUGGUGGUGUCAGAGGGCUCUUGUCCGGUCGAUGCCGGCUCAGGCUCGGGAGAUGAUGGGGGUGAGGGGUCGGCGGAGACUGGGCAGAAGGAGACGUCUACCUGUGACAUCUGCCAGUUUGGGGCGGAGUGCGAUGUGGACGCAGAGGACGUAUGGUGCGUGUGUAACAUUGACUGCUCCCACAUCAGCUUCAACCCGGUUUGCGCCUCAGACGGCCGUUCCUAUGACAACCCCUGCCAGGUGAAGGAGGCGUCGUGUCAGAAGCAGGAGAGGAUCGAGGUCAAAUACCUGGGCCACUGCCAAGGUGACAUCAUGACAGGGACCAAAGCCGGAGACGGACACUAUGCCAGGAAAGACUAUUCAGAAGAGAAGCCGGACCAGAGAGGGGAGGUGGCCAUAGGCUUGUACAUUCCCUGUCCCGAGCACUACAAGAACUACUGUGUCCACGGAGAGUGUGAAUACCCCAACAUACUGUCUGUGCCGUCCUGCAGCUGUCACUCAGGCUUCAGCGGGCCCCAGUGUGACACUAAGGAAUACAAUGUGCUCUACGUGGUCCCCGGCUCUGGCAAGCUCCGCUAUGUCCUCAUCGCCUCCAUCAUCGGAGCUCUGCAGGUGGCCAUCAUCUGUGUGGUGGUACUCUGUAUUACCAGGAAGUGCCCGCGGAGCAACAGGGUCAAUCGGCAGAAGCAGAAUGCAACCCACUACAGCUCGGAGAACACCAUGCGCGCCUCCACCCGCCUCAUCUGACUGAGCCGCCCCACGAUGGGGGAACCCCAAAGACCCGCACCGCUCUGGGUCCAAGUUGCACCAUAGACACAGAUCUAGGAACAGCUUUACCCUUCUUUCCUACAAUCCCAACCUGAAUUAACUAUAAGGGAGUGGGUGGUGGGAGGGGGACAAAACGCGAAACUGACCUUAGAUCGGCAUCUAGGGGCAACUUAAUCCUGCUCCACUGGAGACCAGCGGAGGAGGUCGCGCAAUCCCCGACUCGCCGACCCCGAUCAUGAGUAAUUGAACAAUCGGGAUUGGGGGGGAGCGGUGGGGGGGGCCUAUAGAAGUGGGCUAGCUGAUGUUCGUGUGGGAUGUUGGUUGUUUUUAGGGGUAGAACCAAUGGGGGGUUAGGGGCGGGAGGGGGCUACACGUGAUGCCUUGCACCUGAGGUAUAGGUCACCAAGAGGAAACUAUGGUACUACAGUACAGCUCUGUUUGGUUAUGUAUUACUGGGUCUAUUUCCAAUAGUUAUUACAUUGUCUUGGUGGGGUCUUUUUUCUGUAAUGUAAAUAAAUAAUUUAUAUCAUGAAAAGUAA